GAUACGAUAUCCUCGCGAAUCCCGGUCGGUGCAAACGGCCACAAAAUGAUGGCUUCACCUAGUUUUAUGACACAGUAUCACAAUCACCAGUGGAACAACGGUACGACACAAAGUCAGCUAUCAGCAUUGAACAUCCUGCCAUAUCAGUAUCCACCGCAGCCACCGUCGGUGAGUAGUUUGGGAUCGGUAGCGUCCGUAGGUUCGGCAGGACUUUCGCCCACCCAGUCAAUCGCCUCGUCUAGCGGUGCUGCCAGCAAUAGCAGCAGCUUCAGUACCGUCGGUGGUCCCGGCACACACGGAUCGGCCGUUGCCCUCGGGACCGCUGGUUGUGGACCGGUUGGCGGUGGUGGUGGUUCCAACACUGCCAGUCCCGACGUAACGGCAGCCGCCGCUGCAGCAGCAGCCGCAUCCAGUGCGGCCGCCUCGUACGGUUUCGGUAUGGUGCAGCAAACCGGUGCGCUUGAAAUGACCGCAAGACCUCAAGCCAUGCACUACCCGUCGUAUGCAUCGUACAGUCCCGCCAGCUACUACAAUAACGUCAGCAUGGCCACCAGCCCGUGGUUUGCGCAGGAAACCAUGUACGGGACGGCGGCCGGUUGGCACGGUGCGGACGCGUACGGUCUCAAGCUGGAGGAGUACUCGCACCAGACGCAGGCACAGCGCCGCUGCGCUCGCUGCACCUGCCCGAACUGUAUCAACGAGCUGUCCGGCUUGCCACCGGUCGUCGGACCGGACGAGAAGGGCAAACGGCAACACAUCUGCCACAUACCGGGAUGCGAGAAGAUCUACGGCAAAACGAGCCACCUGAAGGCGCACCUACGGUGGCACACGGGCGAACGGCCAUUUCAGUGCAAGUGGCUGUUCUGCGGCAAACGGUUCACGCGCUCGGAUGAGCUGCAGCGUCACUUCCGCACGCACACGGGCGAGAAGCGCUUUACCUGCACGAUCUGUAGCAAGAAGUUUAUGCGCAGCGACCAUCUUGCCAAGCACGUCAAGACGCACGAAAACAAAGCGAAGAAGAUAGCGAAACGGUCGGAAAAGCUCGAGGAGGCGAAGGUGCGGCGCGAGGAAACGAAGCUAAAAUCGCUCGAAACGUCAACGCCAGUGGUGUCGCGCAAGCUAACGGCCGGCUCGGCGCUCAGCAAGCUCACCUCGUCCAGCAAGCGACCGAAACUGUCCGCGAGGGAUGGCGAGGUGCGGCGGGAGGAGGAUGCUACCGGGGACAGCAGUAUCGAGCAGCAAACGCCACCGCAUCACCAGCAGCAUCAGCAUCACAGCCAAACGGCCACCAUGCUGGAGGACAUCAACGCUAACAUACGCGUACCUGAGAUUAAGUCGGAGUACGGGCCCGGUGCGCUGAAUGUCCUGACGCCACCGCCGACCGGCAACUCGCCAACCACGGCAACGGCAGCGGCGGCUGCCGCAGCGGCCGCUGCUGCAGCAGCUGCUGCCGCCUACCAGAACUAUCACCAUCACCAUCACGUCGCGGCACAUCACCACCAUCAUCAUCAUGCGUCGUACUUCCAGAGCCCCUUCUUCCAGACGAGUGCGGACGUCGGUACGGGGGCGGCGUCCGGGAAAGGGCACUUUGCGAGCUACUGUGACGUUGGCGGUGGUAACUUUGGUCACGGUAGCCACCAUGGUGGGAACAAUCUGCGGCUAGCGGGUGGACCGAACGGCACCCUCUCGAGCAUGUCUUCUGCCGCGCUGAGUUGCGAAAAGUCGUCCGUUAGUCAUCGCACCGUAGGCAGCAAUGCGGGCAGUACUGGUAGUAGCAGCACCACCAACAACAACAGUACCACCAGCAGUAGUAGUAGUAGCAGCAGCAGUAGUGCCAUCGUCGAACUCAGCAACAGUUUGGUGAAGCUGGAAGAGUAUGCGAACGGGCACGGGCUCGGUGGGAGCCGUGCCGAAGGCUCGUCAACCGCACCGACAGCAGCAGUAGAGAGUGCCGGCAAUAGUUCCAGCAACAACACCCUCAACAACCACGUACUACCUCACGGUGCCCAGCUGUACCAUACGCUCGCCAGUGAAUCAUCGUCGCACCAUCCGUACCAUCCGUACGCGGCCAUGGCAAAGGCCACUACUGGUGGUGGUGGUGGUGGGAUGCCGUCCGCCUCUUACGGAAGCGUCUCCCCCUACGAGCAAGAACCGUCCGGGACGGGUUCACACCACCAUCCACAUCCGUCGGCCGGCAUAUCGAACGCAACGUCGUCGGUGGCCUCACCGGCGACAACCCAUCUCGCCUCCACCUACAACAUGAUGAUGAGCAACUACACUCUUCAUCAGCAUCACCAGCAUCAGCAACAGCAGCAACAGCACCAUCACCAUCAGCACCAACAACACCAACAGCUUCUCAAUCAACAGCAGCAGCAGCAGCAGCAACAGCAGCAGCAUCACCAGCAGCAUCAGCACCAACAACUUCAACAUCAACUGCAGCUCAACCUUACAGCGCAGCAAGCGAAUGCCGGUGUGACCGCCACGAACGCACUAUUCAAGUAAGUCCGAUAACGAGAAGUUGCAGUUG